AUGAUCCCCAAUGAAUAUCAGGAGACAGACGUAAAAUACGUUUUCGAACAAAGUCACGUUGUACUUCGCAUGCUCGGAAUUUGGCCGUCGAUUGACAAACAGCCAAACAUGAUCGAGAAGAUCAUAAAUAUUUUUCUCGUAAUUGUCUGUUAUUUGCUCCUCCAUUGCGACAUGGUACCGGGUAUUCUUUAUUACGCAGUUGUCGACAAUGAGCCGAGUGAGAAAGUAAAAAUGAUGCCACCGAUUCUGUACGCAGUCAUGGCGAUCGCCAAAUACAGUACUUUACUUAUCCAUGAAUACGAUAUUAGAAGUUGUUUGCGGCACAUUAAGGAAGACUGGGGAACAGUAGUCAUCGAUGAUGCGCGAGAAGUGAUGUUGAGCAAAGCCAGUAAUGGAAGACGAUUGUUCAUCUUGUGCUGCACGUUUAUGUAUGGCAGUGGAUUGUCUUACCAUACGAUAGUGCCGCUGUCGAGAGGAAGUAUUGUUAUCGAUGAGAAUACCACGAUUAGAUCCUUCUCUUGCCCUGGUUAUUAUGUUUUCUUCGAUCCGCAAAACAGUCCUGCCUACGAGAUCGUGUUUCUUCAGCAACUUCUUUGCGGUUUUGUCAUGUACACGAUCACGGUGGCGAUUUGCGGUCUCGCCGCUGUUUUCGUGAUGCAUGUGUGCGCGCAGAUGGAAAUCCUCAUGCGACAGAUGGAGAAUCUCGUCAAUGAGAGCGAGUUUGGACAGUGUAACAUCGGCGCAAAGCUAGCAGUUAUAGUUGAACAUCAAAUAAGAAUACAAAAUUUCUUGCAACUGGUGGAGAGUGUUUUGCGCUACAGUAGUUUAGUCGAAAUAGUGGGGUGCACCACGAUAAUAUGUCUUAUCGGAUAUUGCAUAAUAGGGGAAUGGGACAAUAGAAACUUACCGGCUUUCUGUACGUACGUAACAACUCUCAUAUCUGUCAUUAUUAACAUUUUUAUUUUGUGUUAUAUCGGAGAGUAUAUAACAGCGCAGGCAGAAGAGGUGGGCUUAAUUACUUGCACGCUCGACUGGUACCGUCUUCCGACAAACGUGGCGCGAGAUAUGAUAUUAGUGAUAGUCUCUUCGAAUAUUCCACCACGAAUUACAGCUGGAAAAUUCAUCGAACUGUCAUUCAAAACAUUUGGUGAUGUAAUUAAAUCGGCUGUAAUUUAUCUUAACAUGCUUCGACAACUUACCGAAUAA